AUUAAAGAAGAAGAAAUCUUCAAACUGUGUUGCCCAUACAGUUGGUAGUGUGUAACUAUUUAUGCGAAGAGACCAAAAUGAAAGCUGGCUUUUGUUGCACGCCAACCGGUAUAACAACAGCAAAAUUGUUUGGCUGCAUUAUGUCCCAGAAGUGACAUCCGUUGCUUCGACUCACUACUCCAUAAGCAAGUAAUGACUGUUAAGUUCAUUUUUUUAUGGAUGUCACUGAACUGUCACAUGAAUAUACAAACUUUAGACCCAAGACAUUUCCACAUCGCACCUUCUGGUUAUUGUCAACACACGGAUCACGUUUCAGCGUCGUAAGCAUUUUUAUUUUGUCUGGCAUUGUUACUUUCUUGGUUACACUAACAUGUCUCCAGGUGGGCACGGCCGUUCCAAAAACCCGAAGAGACCUAAGUUGGACCUGACGUUUCUUAAGAGAUUUUGCAGCAUCCAAAGGAUCCUUUUCCCAUGUUGGUCCAGUCAGAAUGUGCUCAUGUUUGCCACUCUGCUUGGUGUGACCCUUUUAGAACAGCUAGUCAUUUACCAAGUGGGCGUCAUCCCCAGUCAGUUCUACAAUGUUCUAUCCAAAAAGAACUUUGAGACAUUUAAAUCACUGGCUGGGUUCGCCGUUGUGCUGAUCCUGAUUAACUCAUCAUUGAAGAGUCUGGACCAGUACAUUUGUAGUCUGUUGUAUGUAAACUGGAGAAGGUCAUUAACUGAGUGCCUUCACAAGGAAUAUUUCCAUGGACGGGUCUACUACACUCUCAACGUGCUGAGAGAGGAUGUUGAUAACCCGGACCAGCGGAUCAGCCAGGAUGCUGAACGUCUGUGCAAGCAGAUGAGCACCAUGGCCAGCCGAGUGCUCAUAUCCCCCUUCACCCUGGCGUACUACACAUACCAGUGCUACAUCAGCACGGGCUGGAUUGGUCUGGGCAGCAUCUUCGGCUACUUUGUCGUGGGGACCAUAGUCAACAAGGUCCUGAUGGGGCCCAUUGUCUCUACGCUGGUCGAACAGGAGAAGUUAGAGGGGGACUUCAGGUUCAAACACAUGCAGAUUCGGGUAAACGCUGAGUCUGUAGCCUUCUACAGGGCCGGGAAGGUGGAGCACAUGAGAACUGCCGGCAGACUUCAGGCCCUUCUGCAGACCCAGACGAGUCUCAUGAACAAGGAACUUUGGCUCUACAUCGGAGUGAACACCUUUGACUACCUGGGCAGCAUCCUCAGCUACAUAGUCAUCGCCAUCCCCAUCUUUGCCGGAGCGUACGAUGGACUCACUCCUGGUGACCUCAGUGCUCUCGUGAGCAGGAAUGCCUUUGUCUGUAUCUAUUUGAUUAAUUGCUUCACGCAGCUAAUAGAUCUGUCGACCACACUCUCUGACGUAGCUGGCUACACUCACAGAAUUGGAGAGCUGAGGGAGGAGAUGGAUGAGAUCGGCAGGAAGCAAUGUGAUUACGACCCUGUGUCGGGGGAGACGUACGACUUUGACGGCAGGGAGCGUGUGCUCCGAGACGUACCCACAGACACGGCCUUCGUCCUGGACAAGCUGAGCUACAAGUCUCCCUUCUCAGAGGAGCUGCUGGUGGAGGACCUCAGCCUGCGGCUGUGCCAAGGAUCCCACCUGCUGGUGGUGGGCAACACGGGCACUGGGAAGAGCUCCUUGCUCCGGGUCCUCAACAGACUCUGGGAGCCAACUAGCGGCUCUGUGGAGAUGAGGACGUGUUUUGGGCCGAGGGGACUCCUCUUCCUCCCCCAGAAGCCCUAUCUGACAGACGGGACCUUGAGAGAGCAGGUCAUUUACCCCCUGAAGGACAUUUAUCCAGUUAAAGAAGCCAUAGAUGAUGAAAGAAUCACACAAUACCUUGAGCUGGCUGGAGUAUCCAGUCUCCUGAAGCGAACGGGUGGGCUGGAUGAAAGAGUGGAGUGGAACUGGUACGAUGCUCUGUCGCCAGGGGAGAUGCAGAGGCUGUGCUUUGCACGGCUCUUCUAUCUGCAGCCCAAGUAUGCAGUGUUGGACGAGGCGACCAGCGCGUUGACCGAGGAGGCCGAGGACCAGUUGUACCGCAUCUGUAAACAGCUGGGCAUGACUCUGAUCAGCCUCGGCCAUCGGAGGAGUCUAGAAAAGUACCAUGACCUAAUGCUGCGCCUCUGCGGGGGUGGACGCUGGGAGCUUGCCAAACUGAAAGAGGACUGACCACAUGUACCUGGUCAUACUGCAUACUGCAUUCAGUCACAAAAUGCCUUUUUGUAACUAGGAAACAUUACGUGGAAAUAGUUUGUGGUUUCAUUACCGGCAUGUUAAGUUGUUUUAAGAAUAAAGAUUACCACUCAUUUUUGUAAUACAUUAAGAGUUUGUUCCUUGUGGUGAGACCUUCAUUCCUGUAGGGAACAGACAAGACAAUGAUAAUGACAAUGAAUGGCAUGAACUGUAGUGUUUGUCAGACAAUGGCAUUAUACAUACAAUGUCAUGUCUUGUGUAUCACAGUGUGGAUGGGUUUAGACCUUUUCCUGUGGGCUCAGAUUGUAAAGACUGAUUUAAAAGGGUUUGUCCAAAUUUGCUCAAAAUGCCCAUAACAAAAUGUAAGACGUGAUUAAAAAGAAAUUGGGAUUUUUGUAUAAAUAAAACAAUAGUCUUUUUAAUGAG